AUGGGCGCGACACGCCUCGACGUCGACGAAUCUCAACCUCUCAUCGGGCAUGGCUCACCUGGCGAGCGACGGCGCUGGCUUCGCGCAGCAUUCGGUAUUGACCCACGCUCGCUUGCCCUCUUCCGCAGCGCCGUGGGCUUGCUCGUGGGCCUCGACGUGCUGCUGCGCGUGACCGUCGAAGACAUCCGCUUGCUUACGGACGAGAUGGCGCCGCGUUCUGAGGCCCGUAGCAUGCUGCAAACCCCAUCGCUUUCGGUCUACAUGCUGAACGGCAGCCGCGCUUUUGUGCUUACAGUCGCGGCCGUGCACGUGCUCGCUGCGUGCUGCCUGGCGGCGGGCUGGCAUGCUCGAGCCAGCGCGGUGGUGGUUUGGGGGCUGCAGGUGAGCGUCGUCGAUCGCCUGCCGGUCGCCAACAACGGCGGCGACCUGGUUUUGCUCGCGCUGCUGCUGUGGGCAUGCCUCCUCCCCUGCGGCGAGCUCUACACGCUGCAGCAUCGCGACGCAGGGCCGUCCACGCUUGGGCCGGCGAGGACCAGCUCGAGAAGGGCCUCUUCCGCGCCUCGGCCAUCCCCGACCCAGGGUGCGGCAGACGCAGUGGUGCUCUCCUGGGCGUCGGCCGGCCUGGCUACCUUUGUCCCAGCGGUUUACUUUGACGCCGGGUGGAACAAGGUGCGCGGGGGCGAGUGGGCGCUGAUGGGUUGGCGCCCGGACUGGUGGCCAGGAGGCGGCGGGGAGGGCGACGGCGGGCUGGGAGUCGACGCAGUUGCGCUCACGCUCUGCGAUGAGCCAAAUCUCGCCCUGCUCGGCCGGCUGGCGCGGGGGCCGCUGUUGCAGCGGCCCCUCGCCACGGCCCUGAUGACGACGUUCGCCUUGGCACUGGAGCUGCUCGGGCCGCUGUGCCUCUUUGCCGUGCCAUGCGCCACGUGGCUGGCACGAGCCCGCUUGCUGCUCGUCCCUCUCUUCCUGCUGUUCAACCUCGGCCUCGCCGCGCUGUACGACCUCCUCCUCUUCCCUGCGGUCAUGGCAGUCGGCCGCUUCAAGUGGACUCUCGUCCUCGCUUCCGCCUUCGCGUUUGUCCUCUUUUGGAGCUGCCUGUGCGGCUUUGCGAUGGACGUGAUGCGGGUCGACCUUCCUGGCGGCGGUAGGAUUCAGCAUCUGCUGCAGCUUUUGCACGUGCGCACCGAGUGGCAUAUGUACGACACACAGAAUGGCGACACGAAUGGCUGGGAAGAGAUCGAGGGCACCCUGCGCGACGGAAGCAGUGUCGACGUGCUUCGCUCGUUGAAGGCUGGCACGCCGCUCCCGAGGGCUCUCCAGCCGACGGCCCUGAGCUCUGACCCCUGGCAGCACCACACGCUCGCCGACAUGUUGUUGCAUCACACGAACCGGUGGCGGGAGCGCUGGUUUUACCAGCAGCACGAGGCGAGACAGCUAUCGCCGGCCGUGGGUCGCCAUCUGUGCGAGCGGUGGGCGCGUGCUGUGCGUCGCGAGCGCUGGACAUCCGGUCAGCAGCUCGAGCGGUUCGUGUUCAAUGUCACGAUACUCCGAGUUGCCGGGAUCAACGCCGCCGCCGGGGAGUGCCUCUUCAGCCGGGUGUCGACCGUUAUUGACGCUGGCGAUGAGAGGGGCGCCGGCUUUCGUCCCUUGGAGCACUGA